UGCUGUUGUCGUUAUCGCAAAAAAAUACAAAACAACAGUCAACCACAUAUGUUGUACUUGUCCUUGCUUUUAAGGUGCUCUAAUUAAAUGUCCAUGAUAUCAUAUUAUUUUGCAAAGGAUGCUGAUGUCUCUGGUUCUUGGUGCAGAUGCGUAAACAGCUUGCCGAAGAGAGACCGAAACUUUCAUAGCGUUUUACAAUGCAAAUGUGGCGAAGAGAAACCAAUACACAAGUGGAAUUGGGAAGUUGACUCUCAGUUAUCUAUCCCUAACGUUGUCUUAUCCAAUAACAAUCUCGAUGUUCUAUUCCAUCCGACGUACAGUUCGGGUACGGCUGCCGUUAAGGGCAACCUUCCCUUGCAACAAAACGUUCACCACUACUGGGAGAUUAAGAUAUUAACCAAUCUUUACGGGACCGACGUUAUGAUCGGGGUGGGCACUUCGAGAAUGGUCUUGUCCGAAUGGCAGUUGCGAUUUUCUAGUAUGUUAGGCUGCAAUAGGGAGUCCUGGGGUUUUUCGUACACCGGUUUCAUUCAGCAUAACUGUCUCACUCGAUCUUACGGUUCCUGUUUUACAAUGGGUAGUUUAAUUGGUGUAUACCUUGAUAUGUGGACUGGUACUUUACAUUACUACUUGAAUCGGAGACCUUUAGGAGUCGCAUUUACAAAUGUUAAAAAAUGCGACCUAUACCCCAUGGUUUGCUCAACGGCCGCUCAUUCCGCCAUGCGCAUCACGUGCUCAUUAUCCGAGCCACCGUCAUUGCAAAUAGACUGUCUAAAACUCAUUGCCAAAUAUCCGACGCUAGUCAGGCAAUUUUGGAGUAUUCCCGGUAUAGCGACAAUGUUGGAGAAGAAGUAUUUUUGGCUCAUUCCUCCACUGCCAGUAAAAAGCGAGUGCAAGUUGGAAUUGGAGGAUGAGUGUGUGUUGUCGACCAAAUUGAUCAAUCAGCAUUACGAAUUACAAAUGCGGAGGAGAAUGGAUUAUUUGAGGAAUUAUUUAGUUUCCUAAAACUACCAGGGGCGUUCAGAAAGUAAGGGGAAUUAUUAUAGUUCGUGACUUGGGUUUGAAGAGGAAAGUAUUUUUUUAUUAUGUUCCUGAAGGAUGAUAAAAUUAAGGAGAAGGAAGCAGUGAGGAGUGAUCGUAAAGUGAAGCCCAAAUUAGUUUGUUGUUUUACGGAAAUCUAACCUAUAAUUACCUGUGAAAUGAUAUUCCUUGGUGUGUUUUUUGGCUAUCACUUCCGUGCACUACAAUGUACCAUUGUCCAAUAAUGUUAUUAAUCGCACACUACGAGACUUGAAGGAUCGCAUAAACACGAAAAUGCAAAAAAGUAAACAAACUUUGUGUCCGAAAAUAUGGCCGCCACAGGCUUCAACGCACAGCAUGGCUCCUGAUAGGAUAUUAUCAGUCCCCUUUCUUAGUGGAUAAAAUGUUCAGCUGCAUUUAUUCUUUACUACUGGUAGCUUAGACGUGCUUUUAUGAACUCGACGAUUUUUAUUUGUUAAAGAAAAUGCAUCAACAUAUUUGUAUCACAUUUUGCUUAAAAAAGAUGAAAUAAAGUGCAACAAAGUGUGUGAAAUGUCAACAAUAAAGGCCUAUGGUGAGUCUGCUAUGAGAAAAACAAAGAUAAUAUAAUCGUUUCCAUCAAGAUGGUGUAAGAACACCAAGAAUUAAAUAGAACAAUGAAGUAAAUUCAGAAACUAUGGUCUCUUAGUAACCGAGCGCCCAAAUUAAAACGCUUCCAGAUACAGUGUUCAGCAAAGCUGUUUCACUUCACAAAUAUACGGUGUGGUCAUAACUUCGGGU